GUUUUCCAAGUCCUCCAAUUUUCUCUCCCUUUGUUUCUCUCUCUUUUGCACUUUCCCAUCAUUUCCUCCCUAUUUUCUCUGUUUCCAAACACACAGAUCUUUCUCUCCAUGGCUUUAAACAGACACUAGGGUUCUCUUGGUUGCUGUUGCUAAGUUCAGAGUCCUAAGGUAUUGAUACAUUUCUCUCCAACCACUGAGGAAAAUGGCAACCAUGAACCCUUUUGAUCUAUUGGGAGACGAUGAUAACGAAGAUCCCAGUCUUCUUGUGGUUGCGCAGCAGCACAAGCUUGAGAAACCCAAGAAAGCUCCGGCGCCUGCUCCGGGUAAGGCUCCCUCUGCCAAGCCUGCUCAGCUCCCCACCAAGCCACCUCCCCCAGCUCAAUCUGUGAGGGAGUCGAGGAAUGAAUUUGGCCGUGAAGGGGGCCGUGGAGGUCGAGGAGGGGGUCGUGAAGGUGGUCGUGGAGGAGGCCGCGGUGGUGGACGUGGUUAUGGGCGUGGACGUGGUGACAGAGACAGAGAAUUCAACAGGGAUUCUAAUGCUAAUGAUUUUCCCAAUGAGUUCUCUGGAGGUCAUAAACCCUCUGAAGAAGAAGAGAGGCCGUCUGAACGCCGUGGUGGCUAUGGUGGGCCUCGAGGUCCAUUCCGUGGUGGCCGCCGUGGAGGUUUCAGCAAUGGAGAAUCCGGAGAAGGAGAAGGCGAGCGCCCUCGGAGGUUCUAUGAUCGUCACAGUGGUACCGGACGUGGGAACGAGUUCAAGCGUGAAGGAAGUGGGCGUGGUAAUUGGGGAACUCCUGCUGAUGAAGUUGCUCCAGAGCCUGAAGAGCCUGUUGUUGAGAAUGAAAAGAAUGUGGAUGCUGAGAAACAGCCUGCAGAGGAAGGUACUGUUGAUGCCAGCAAGGAUAAUGCUGUGAAUGAACCAGAAGAGAAGGAGCCUGAGAAUAAGGAGAUGACUCUGGGAGAGUACGAGAAGGUACUUGAGGAGAAGAGAAAGGCCUUGGUUGCCCUAAAGACUGAAGAGAGGAAAGUUGACGUGGACAAAGCAUUUAAGUCCAUGCAACAGCUUUCAAAUAAGAAGACCAAUGAUGAAAUUUUUAUCAAAUUGGGUUCUGAGAAGGAAAAACGCAAAGAUGCUGCUGAUAAGGAAGAAAAAAAGAAGGCUGUCAGUAUUAAUGAGUUCCUGAAGCCUGCUGAAGGAGGAAGGUAUAAUAAUCCUUCUGGGCGUGGGAGAGGCCGUGGCCGUGGUUCCAGAGGUGGAUAUGGAGGCCAAAACGCUGGCAAUGUUCAAGCCCCCAAAAUUGAGGAUGCAGGGGAGUUCCCAUCUUUGGGUGGCGGCAAGUGACAUUCAUCAAUCAUCAUGCUGGCCUUGGCCUGGCCUGUCCUGUCCUGCCCUUGUGAUCUAUAUAUUUAAGAAUCUGAGUUUAAAGAUUAUCAACAGGAAAACUGAUUUUCUUUAUUAGAAACCGGUCUUUAAUUUUCAAGUUUUGAGUGUAAAUUUUAGUUAUUACCAGACAUUUGAAAGCAAUACCCUAUUUUUGCUAAACUUUGGGCACAUGGGUCGUUAUUUGCAACUGAGUAGUAGCAUCAUCAGUUUUGGUUUUGGGAUAGGUCGAACUCCUCGUCCUAAACGUUGCAUUUUAAAUUUAAUUUGUUCGUGGUCUUUUGAACCGUCAAGAAAAUGAGUUUUCUUCA